CCCGCUGCAGACGGGGUUGCUCCUUCGUUCCGUUUGGACUCGCAGCAGAGAUAUGACUCUCUGUAACACCUCUUUAAUCACAGUUUGACCAGCUGAAGGAGAUAUGGCCGCUCAAGGAUUGUUAAGCACUGUUUUCUCAUGUUCGCUAAGCCCCAAAACUAUUUCCAAGCGGAGGCUGAGGCAGACCAGGAGCUUGGACCCGGCGCUGAUGAGACAUUAUGGCACCGAGGCUGAGGAGACAUCGUCUAAGGGUGACUUCACCUGGAACAGCGUGUCAGGACGUAGCGUUGGCCUGAAGCCCGUCCCCCUGCAAAGCCUCUCAGAGCUGGAGAGGGUUCAUCUCCAAGAAGUGGCCUUCAGGAGAUUGCUUCGGGAUCGCGACCUGGGCUGCCACAUCACCAUCCCUAAAUAUGGCCAUAAGUGCAAGAAGUCACUUCGGCGGAAGUUGGAUUCAUUAUCUAAAGAGAAGAUUAAAGACAAAGAGACGAUGCCCCAGGUGUUUGGCAUACCGCUGUCGCAGGUCAUUUCCAACGACCGCACACACAAGCAGCGGCACGAUCCCCCGCGGGAGGAGCACAGUGACCCCACUGAAUUGAUGCUAUCCUUCCUCCACUUCAACUCCAGCUUCAAAAGGGGCAACAAGGAGCUCUCCAGCAGCAACUCGUCCCUCAGCUCCACUUCUGAGACGCCUAAUGAAUCACCUCUGCUCAGCACGCCAGAGGCAGCCCCACGGACACGCAGGAGGGGCGGAGUAUCUGUGGAUUGCAUCACUGAUCUUGAUGAUAACCAGUCCCGGCUCUUGGAGGCCCUUCAGCUCUCUCUGCCAGAGGAGGCAGCUGGCAAGAGGAAGAAGUGCCACGACAAGAAGCUCAGCCUUAACCCUAUCUACAGGCAGGUGCCCAGGGUAGUGGAUCUCUGCUGCCAGCACCUGGAAAAAUAUGGUCUGCAGACGGUUGGAAUUUUCCGUAUUGGGAGCUCCAAGAAGCGAGUUCGACAGCUUCGCAGGGAGUUUGACCAGGGAUGGGAGGUGCAUUUGGACGAGGAGCAUAGUAUUCACGACAUAGCUGCACUGCUAAAAGAGUUCCUCAGAGGCAUGCCUGACCCAUUGCUAACAAAAGAACUCUACACCGCCUUCAUCAACACAACAUUGCUGGAUUAUUCAGACCAAGAGAGCGCCAUCCAGCUCCUGAUAUUUCUGCUUCCUCCCUGUAACAGCGACACGCUGCAGCGCCUUCUCUGCUUGUUGUCCACAGUGGCUGCACAUGCUGAAGACAGCCUGGACAAUGACGGACAGGAGAUGACAGGAAACAAGAUGACACCACUCAAUUUAGCGACCAUCUUUGGACCCAACCUCUUGCACAAACAAAAAAACGCAGACAAAGAGUUUGCAGUUCAGAGUUUUGCCCGUGCAGAGGAAAGCUCAGCCAUCAUCAGCGUGGUCCAACGGCUGAUCACUUCAUAUGAAACGCUAUUUAUGGUCCCUGCAGACCUGCAGAAUGAGGUGCUGAUGAGCGUGCAAGAAACUGAUCCUGAUGUUGUGGAUUACUUGCUGCGGAGGAAGGCCUCUCAGUCCUCCGAGCCAGACCUUCUCAGAGGAGGAGAGUCCUUCCCCCUGACCGACAGAUGCUUAUCCAAUGACUCCAUCAAAGUAUCUAGCGGAGAGGUGUCUCCCUAUGACAACAACUCCCCUGUCCUGUCAGAGCGACUACUGUGUAAAUACCCAGAGGAUGGCAGCCCGCCCUCAGACAGGAUCACCAGACUGUCUGGGUCGUACAAACGCAGCAGCCAUUCUAAAGACGGGUCUGGCAGCACCUCUCCCACACUUUCUACAGAUAAAGAGGCCUGCGCUGAUCAUUUCUGGGACACCUGGCAUGAACUGUUCAACAAGAAGUUCACUGGCCACCGUAUCACUGGCUCCCUCGGAGACGUGUCGGAAUGUGAGUCGUAUGGAUCGUCGGAGGGGCUGAGCAGUCACCAAGUCAUUCCCACAUGAAGAUUAGUGAGUGACAUGCAGCAAAGGGCCACAGGCUGGAGUCGAACCCGGGCCGCUGCAGCAACAGCCUUGUACAUGGGGCGCCUGCUCUACCACUAACCCACCGACGCCCCAGAAGCCAUGGAUGUUUUCAGUGUUGAAUGUAAAAUGUGUGUUGUAACAUUGUUUUACUACCUUGAUAUCUACUGUAGCUGCAGCAACACUUAGUUUUGUUACAGGCUCCAUUUAUAAUAUACUUAAUUAAUGCAGAUGAUGUCCAUAUUCGCACUCAUGUAUGUCUGCAGUGUCGCCCAUUACACACACAUCAAUCUUUGCACCUUCAGGUGGGCAUUGUGUAAAUGACUUGAAGUGCAUUUAGAUUAAUUUCUGCACUACUUGUUGCCAUUACUUGUAGUUUUAGCAGCAUUAUGUAAUGAUAUCUAUACUCUUGUGUGGCCAUAGCUUACAAAUUUAAAAUAUAUUACCACCAAUGUAGAAAAUGAAUGUAAAAGUCAUAGGGGUGCAUAUUGUACUCCUGUAAGGAGUCAUGUUUUCUGGUGCUACGUCUAACUUGACCCUUUCCCUUAGGAGUUCAGUUAGGAAUCAGCAUGAAGUUAAAAUUGAAUGGUUAUUUAUAACUUAAUUAUACUUAUAACUUACUUGUAGUUAAUUACAAGUACGUAUAAACCAGUGAUACUGUGCUUACAGCAUACAGGCCAAAUCUAGCCCAUGAUACGGUGCCAGAUAGCCCACCGACCAUUAUCUAAUUCACAAUGAAAAUAAAUUGAUUUAUAAUGUUUUGAUUGUUUGAUUUGUUUUUGUUUUUUUGUACUUUGGAAUACACAUAAGGUCCCCAAGAGCAUCAGAACGCCAAACAAGAAGUGUUUCAGGGGAGGAUCCCAUGGACCCCCGAACCCCCUGACAGAGUUCCAGAUUAAUUAUUUAUAUGUUAAUUAUUAAUGUUUGUUUACUAACUGGUUCCUGGACUUCUGUCAUUUUGCAAAAGCAGCCCCCGAGUAAAGCAAAUGUCCCUGAUCUGACCUGUAAUCCAGAAGACAAUGCAACAGUUACCCAAACUGGCCACAAGAGGGAAGCAUAAGACCAGGGAAUGUUUUCCUAUCUCCUCUUCGAGCUGUAAUCCUUGAGCACUGUGGCUACACAGUGGGUUCUAAUGACUCAUUACGCAUUGAGCAGCUAUUAUCUAAGUUUCGUUCCUAUUAGACACCUUUCCCCACCAUGAUAGGGAUGCCGGUGAUUAUGUGUUGUGGAUGAUGGCUUUUUAUAUGUUCGUAAAGAUCUAAUUUUACACUCUUAUCUUGUAUCGCUAUCCUGGAAGAGUGCAUUUUCUCUUAUCAACUGCAAUCUUGCUUUAUGUGAAUGAAAAUAAGAGAUCUGAGCUGAGACAAUAACAGUUACAUUUACCACUAAAUAAACUUUCAAAGUACUGGAAUUGCAAGGAGUAAGUAUGUCAUUAUGUGGAAAAUGGCUGCCGUUGAAGUCUGGUACAGAUUACAGAUAGUAUAUAAAACUCUGGGAACGCAUAUUUGAGGGUACAGUGGUAUAUUUAGUUGCCUUAAAGUGAUGGAAACUAUUGAGAUUACUGAAAUUGUGUAAUUUAUGUUAUAAAUUUGUGUUUUAAAGUGAGU